UCCGCCCUUCACCUCCGCCCCCCUCGUUCCGCCCCUCGCUGCGGCUGCGCGUAGCGGGGCGGCCCUGCUGGGCUUUCUGCCCGUCCCGGGGCGGCCUCUACCCGCGGCGCCAUGCUGCCCAACACGGGGAAGCUAGCAGGAUGUACUCUCUUCAUCACGGGGGCAAGCCGUGGCAUUGGCAAAGCCAUUGCUUUGAAAGCUGCCAAGGAUGGUGCAAAUAUUGUGAUUGCUGCCAAGACAGCUGAGCCCCACCCUACUCUCCCAGGGACCAUCUACACUGCUGCAGCAGAGAUUGAAGCAGCUGGAGGAAAGGCUUUGCCAUGUGUCGUUAAUGUGAGGGAAGAACAGCAAAUUAUUAAUGCUGUGGAGAAAGCUGUGAAGACUUUUGGAGGGAUUGAUAUUUUGGUGAACAAUGCAAGCGCCAUCUCUUUGUCUGGCACUUUGGAAACAGAAAUGAAGAAAGUCAAUCUUAUGAUGGAUGUCAAUGUACGAGGAACCUACCUUACGUCUAAAACGUGCCUUCCCCACUUGAGGAAGAGUAGGAACCCCCAUAUCCUGAACCUCAGUCCCCCUAUGAAUCUGAAUCCUGUGUGGUUCAAAAAUCAUUGUGCUUAUACCAUUUCUAAAUAUGGGAUGUCCAUGUGUGUCUUGGGAAUGGCAGAAGAAUUUAGAGGAGAAGUUGCUGUCAAUGCGUUAUGGCCUAAAACAGCCAUACAUACAUCUGCUAUGGACAUGCUGGGAGGAGCUGGAAUAGAAAAACAAUGCAGGAAAACGGACAUCAUUGCAGAUGCUGCAUAUUGCAUUUUAACAAAACCAAAAACUUUCACUGGAAACUUCAUUAUUGAUGAAGUUCUACUGAGAGAAGAAGGAGUUAAGGAUUUUGAUGUCUAUGCAAUUGCACCAGGUCACCCUCUGAUGCCUGACUUUUUCUUGGAUGCUGAAACUGAUGCGACAGCCAUGCAACAUGGUGCUUCUCAGGCUUCCAAAGAGGAGGAGAAGUUAAGUGAAGAAGCAGCUGGAGCCAAGGAUCAUGCAGACAAGGCCCAGGGCCCUGUUGCAGAAACAUUCAGAGUUAUUCAGGGAUCCCUAAAUGAGGAGUUUGUGAAAAGUACCCAGGGAGUCUUUCAGUUUGAAUUAUCUGGUGAUGGAGGUGGUACUUGGUACAUUGACCUGAAAACCAAGGGUGGCGGUGCUGGCUUUGGAAAGCCUCCAGAAGCAGCUGAUGUGGUUAUGAGCAUGUCAAGUGCUGACUUUGUGAAAAUGUUCAGAGGUAAACUAAAGCCAACUCUGGCCUUCAUGACAGGAAAAUUGAGGAUUAAAGGUAACAUGGCGCUAGCUAUAAAGCUUGAGAAGAUGCUGACACAGCUGAACUCUAAACUGUGAGGGGAAACCCAUACUAACAGAACAGUGGCCUUUCAUAUAUUACUGCAAUAAAGUUUUUAAAUGGUAGUCCUAAUGCAAUAUAAGUAUGUGAAAUUUUUUUGAGAAGAAAUAAAUCCAUCUGAUUAAGACAA